AUGACAUCAAGUGAAUCCUUCGAUGAGGAGGGGGAAAUAUUCGAAACAGAAGUAGAGAAGGCACCUCCAUCGCUGCCUUCGGUCUCUGGCCCCAGCGUUGACCGUAUUUCCAAUAGAAAUAAUAGAGGCUCGAGAUCGCCUGUCGUUUCCAACCACAGCGACGAUGCGCGAUCCUCCUCGUCUCGCCAUGACCGUCGUGAUCGUCAAGAUCCCCGCGAUCAUGAUUCCCGUGACUACCACUAUCGCAGUGACGACUACCCCCGAGGCGAAAAACGCAGGAGAGGCGAUAGUAGGGGCGACCGUGGCCCAGACCCACGCCAACAUCGUGUGCACUACGAAGCCGGCAAUGAUCCCAAUUAUGGACGUCGCUCGAGAGUUUCGUAUGCAGAUAUAGAUCGGUCGGACCCUCGGGAAUUUAAUAAGGUGCCCUAUGACAGCCCGGACGAGCGAUAUCAGAAUCGUGAAUCAAAGCGGUCACGUACACAGAGUCGUUCCCCGCCGCGAGGACCGAGAGGUGAUGGUAGAGGUGGUCGUCGGGGUCAUUAUGAUGAUAACAGACGUGAGAAUGGCAAUAGGUACCACGAAAGGGAUAUAGUAAAGCACAACGGCAGUCAUAGGAUCUCCCGUGAACAAUCAGUGAGCGAACAGGGAGAUUUAUCCGACCCUUCAAAACGAGAUGCUGAAAACCGGAGCAAAGUGUCAGAUAGGACGUCGUCGUUCUCGGGAGCUCAGAAGACGACAAACGGAAGGAACGCUGAAAAGAGCGGUGUACUCAAACGAGAUUUUGAAGAAAUUGAAAUUGAGGAACCGGUUGAUGAAGCUAGCUUAAUUGAAGAACGGCGAAAGAAGAGAGAGGCCAUUAAAGCUAAAUAUAGGGGACAAGCUACACCAUUGCUUGUUUCGGCAUUGGGUCUUGAUUCGACACCCAAUUCUCCAGCAGAGGGUAGCGCUACACCUGCAACGCCGUCAUCACGAGAACAUACGCCAGGCGAUUUUACCAUUUCUAAAGACGGUAUCGCAGCACCUAUAGAUAACCCUGCCCUGCACUCCCCUAUUGAUAUUGAUAGCCCCUCGGCAGCCGACUAUGAUCCUACCAUAGACAUGCAAGAGGAUGCAAAAAGAGGUCAAGAACACAGACACAUAAAGGAAGUUUCUUCCGGUUCCUAUGAUGAAACUAAGACCACAGUCAAGGAUGUUCUUCUCCCUGAGAAUGCUUCGGAGCAGGAAGAGCAAAAACCAGGAGGGAAAGCAGAUGACGAUGAUUUUGAUAUGUUUGCAGAAGGUGAUGAUGAUGAUAUGUUUGCGGACCCAUUACCAAAGUCUACUAAGAAAGAACCUGAAACUGCCAAGGCAGUCCCGGUUAUUCCCGCGGCGAAGCAACUAGAUGCUAGUUUACUGGACAAUUGGGAUGAUCCAGAUGGAUAUUACCGUGUUAUCCCUACGGAACUACUUGAUGGUCGAUAUCAUGUGCAGACAAACUUGGGAAGGGGUAUGUUCUCGGGGGUUGUUAGGGCGCUUGACCAAACCACGAAUAAACAGGUAGCCAUCAAGAUCAUCCGAAACAACGAAACAAUGAAAAAAGCCGGCAUGAAGGAAAUCGAAAUAUUAAAGAAGCUGUGUGCUGCAGAUCCCGAGGAUAAAAAACAUCUCAUCAGGUUAGAACGAUAUUUCGAACACAAGGGCCAUCUUUGUAUUGUUUUUGAAAAUUUGAGCAUCAAUCUCAGAGAGGUAUUGAAGAAGUAUGGCCGAAAUGAGGGUAUUAGUCUAGCAGCAGUACGGUCAUAUGCUCAACAAAUGUUCCUUGGUUUGUCACUCAUGCGCAAGUGCAACAUCUUGCACGCUGAUCUGAAGCCUGACAAUGUUUUGGCAAACGAAAACUGUAGCAGUUUGAAAAUCUGUGAUUUAGGAUCGGCCUCUGAUGCGUCAGAAAAUGACAUUACUCCUUACCUUGUCAGUCGAUUCUACAGGGCCCCCGAAAUUAUUCUGGGUAUUCCCUACGAUUAUGCCAUUGAUAUGUGGUCUAUAGGCUGCACUCUCUACGAGCUCUUCACUGGCAAGAUUCUCUUUACUGGCCGUACAAAUAAUCAGAUGCUCCGCUCAAUAAUGGAGUGUCGAGGAAAGUUUCCGCAUAAGCUUUUACGAAAGGGGCAAUUUACAAUGCUACAUUUCGACGAUAUGUUGAAUUUUAGGAGUAUCGAGAAAGACAAAAUCACUGGAAAGGACAUUAUUAAAACUAUGAACUUUAAUAAACCAACUCGCGAACUCCGGCCCAGGCUGCUGUCUGCUGCUUCAGGUAUGACAGAUGCAGAAAGCAGAGAUCUGAACCUUUUUAUUGACCUGUUGGACCGCUGUUUGAACCUGAAUCCAGAAAAGAGGUGUACACCAGCUGAGGCGCUGAAGCAUCCUUUCAUUCAUCGUAUCACUACUAGGUAG